AUGAUUUGCCUCAACAAGGCUGACGAGGGCACCUUCAGGCAUCUCGCUUGGAACCAGAGCCCGCCUGCGCUGGCUGCGGACCAGACGACGCGGCAGGACCUCAACGGCAUCUCGAACCUGCGCGAAUAUGUCGCCGCCGACCAGGACGACGUCGGCGGUGGCGGCGGCGGCGUCGGUGCCCUGGGCCCUGGAGCGGCCGCGGCAUCGGAUGCAAAGUUGCGGCGUGACCGUCUGGCCUCCGUGCCGGAUGCGGGACGACGGUCUGACGGACUGUCCUCGCAUCCCAACGAGGUGACCGCCGCUGAGCCUCGCCUUCUCUGGGCAUCGUCCCGGCUCUGGAGCUGGACGACCUGGAUCCUCUCCGUUCUCUUCUUUUCCUGCCUGAUUUCGUCCCUCGCCCCCCGCAUCGGCUCGACGUUCCGGAACGACGUUGCCGACAUCGGCCCCGACCCUCGUCCUCGCCACCAUGGCCGGCCCAUCCGUCCUCUCGAGCCUCCCGAGCUCGCCGGGCUGAGCAGACGGUCGACGUGCGCGACGGGCGGCGUCGACAAGACAAAGUACGACAUACCCCUUCACGCCGGCGCCCUCUUCAUCAUCUGGUUCGUCUCCACCCUCGGCUGCGCGUUCCCCCUCCUCGCCACCAAGUUUCCGGGCUUGCGCAUCCCGCGACGCUUCUUCUUCGCCAUCCGCCACUUCGGCACCGGCGUCCUCAUCGCCACCGCCUUUGUCCACCUGCUCCCGACCGCCUUCAUCUCGCUCGGGAACCCGUGCCUCGGCAGCUUCUGGACCAACGAUUACCAGGCCAUGCCGGGCGCCAUUGCCCUCGCCUCCAUCUUCCUCAUCACCGUCAUCGAGAUGAUAUUUCACCCCGCUCGCCACGAGUCCUCUCCGCCCAUCGAAGCCGGUCCCGUCGUCGACGGGAACGGCCAUGCCACGGCCCAGGCGCCGCCGUCCAAGGCGGGUCACAUGUGCUCCAGCACCGCCAUGCUCCCCUUCCGGGACAUGGGCCCCCUCCGCGGUCGCUCAUCUAGCAUGGGCCAGGAACUCUCCCAGAUGAACCAGACGCCCCCCCGAGCCCAACGCGCCGUCGCCGGCGAGGACAUUGCCGUCGUCUUCGACCAGGACGACGUCACCGACGUCGACGCCAAGGCCACGCCCGACGCCAAGGCCGACAGCAGUCUGGACGGAAGCAACGGCUCCUUUGCCGAGCCUCAAAUCUCGCCCGAGAUGAAGCGCCGCAAGGAGCGGCUCCAGUGCAUCCUGCUCGAGAUGGGCAUCCUCUUCCACAGCGUCUUCAUCGGCAUGGCCCUCAGCGUCUCCAUCGGCAGCGACUUCAUCGUCCUGCUCAUCGCCAUCGUCUUCCACCAGACCUUUGAAGGUCUCGCCCUCGGCUCACGCAUCGCCGCCAUCGAGUGGGAGGGGAAGCGGUGGCAGCCUUGGCUCAUGGCCCUCGCCUACGGCUGCACCACGCCGCUCGGCCAGGCCAUCGGUCUCGCCACCCACACCCUCUACAGCCCGGACUCGGAGGUUGGCCUCAUCGUCGUCGGCGUCAUGAAUGCCAUCUCGGCCGGUCUCCUGACCUUUGCCUCGCUUGUCGAGCUCCUCUCCGAGGACUUUCUCAGCGACGAGAGCUGGAGGUACCUGCGUGGGAAGCAGCGCGUCAUCGCCUGCAUCCUCGUCUUCCUCGGCGCCUUCUUCAUGAGCCUCGUCGGCGCGUGGGCGUAA